AGGAUGGGCGUGCAGUUUUAAGUACUUUCCCUCCUUUCCUUGAGUUCUCUCACUCUCUAUGUAGACUGUUCGGGGGCCGUUCCUCGAUGUAUCAGGAGAGGCCCGGGGUUUCGAGAAUUUUUCUCACCGUCUGUUGACAAUCCUUAGUGCGUCUUAGGUCUCGGCCCUAGGAGCGGCGCUUUGAGGUUCCUUAGUCUCGAAGUCCUGAUCUUUUCCCCUUCGCUGGUGAUUUGUGCUCGGAUUCUUCUACUGGACGAGUAUUAGCAUUGGUUUGAAUAAUAUAUGCUGUACAAUUCCUAUUCUUAUAGUCUGAGGGAAUAAUUAUCGAGAAAGAUAAGGUUUUAAGGAGAACUAUGGGAACUCAAGAAUCACCAGCGGUUGCAGUGAAUAGGCCAACUCUUACCCCAAAGGCCCUUAUAUAUCAGAAGUAUGGUAAUAAAGCAUGCUAUAGGAUUGAGGAAGAGUUGCAGUCAGCAGAUUGCCCUGGGUUGGUAAUCCCGCAGCAGACCAAAAUCCUGUAUAGAUGUUAUUUGGAUCUCCCUGAGUUGUCUGUUACUUCAGAUACCUUUCCAAGGAAGAAGGAAGCGGAGCAGUCUGCUGCAAAGAUUGCCAUAGAAAAGUUGGGAAUUCAGUUUACAACAAAUAAUCCCACUCCGCAGGAAGCAUGGAAUGAAUUAGUUGCUCGUGUAUCUGUCUUGUUUACAGACGAGUUUCUUUCAUCAUCUCAUCCCCUGAUCGGUCACUUUAGAGUGGCAUUUGGAAGAGUCGGACACUGUUAUGGUAUGCUUCCAAUAUCUGCCAUUGCUGCAUGCGACGUGAAAGCUAAUAACUUAUGCAAAACUAUCAAUCCCAAGACAGAAUCAGAUCCUCUUUCAGUUAUAUCACUUAUCCUAAAGGCUGCCAAAAUGUCUGGUUCCAUUUUCUUGACUGACGGAAAACUUUUGAUAAAGAAGCAAGGUCUAUAUUCUCCUGAAGCUUUACAAUCAUUUCUUAACCGUUAUUCAGUCUCAAUGGGGUGCAUACAGAUAGAAGCCAUAUAUAUUCCCUGCUCAAUUGAGGAGCAUGUUGAAACAUUGACUCUUGAUGUUUCUGACAACCAAUAUUACUUGGAUGAAAUUGCUAAGAAGCUCAAUGUUGCUGAUUCUUCCCAGAUUGUUGUCUCAAGGACUGUUGGCAAAGCUUCAUCAGAAAUGAAGUUAUACUUUCCUAUUCCGGAAGCUCCUUUAAUGGCAUCAAUUUCAUCAGAUCUACAUGCAACUGUUGAAGGAAAUAUUAAAACAGAAACAAUACUAAAUAAGCGAGCUUCAUACUUCUCAGGCCAGAAAAUAUAUGGAGAUGCAGUGUUAGCGAAUAUUGGAUAUACAUGGAAGUCAUCGGACCUUUUCUAUGAAGACAUAUCUCUUUGUUCCUAUUACAGGAUGCUUCUCAAUAAGGUACCUGAUGGGCAUUAUAAGUUGUCUAGAGAGGCGAUACUUGCAGCUGUAUUGCCCGCUGCUUUUACUACACGUUCAAAUUGGAAGGGACCUACCCCAAGGGACCUCCUCUCUGUGUUCUGCCACCAGCACCGGUUAUCAGAACCUAUUUUCUCUGUUAGGAGUCUCAGUUCUCCAGAAACUUCAUCAGAAUUAUCAGAAAUGUGUAAAAUAUCUAAUUCAUCAAAGUUAAAUGAAGAAAUUGAGAUGGCAGAUGGAGGUGCAGCUGAUGUUAUUGACAAAGACAUGGGCAAAUCAGGUACUUUCAGAUGUGAAGUGAAAAUAUUGUCAAGGAGACGGGAACCAAUAGUUGACUGUUUUCUGGCUGAUACUUACACAAAAGAAAAUGAUGCCAUUCAGAAUUCUGCAUUAAAAGUUCUGACAUUUUUCAAUAAGUUAUUUAAGCAACUAGACAUGCCUGUGGAGAAGUUGUUCUCUUUUGGAUGUUCUCACGGCGUUAAUGUUAAUCUGCUCAAUUUUUCUAGGGAAUUUGCAACAUGGUUAUCUACUUAUCAUGUUAAGCAGAAUUAUUCUCUAGAAAGAUUCAGUUCGCUAGGGUCAGUCUGUAUGAAUCAGCCGCACAUAAAGCAGGAAAAUGGGAUGAUUCUUCUAAAUAUUGAAGGUCCAGAUUCUGGUGUCUUCCCAUCCCCCGGAUGUUUAACCUGCAUAAGUUAUGUUGUUGCAUUAGUGGGGAAAGAUGGGUCUUUCAAAGAUCCCUUAGAAAGCAAUGACGAGUUUGAAUUUGAGAUAGGGACUGGUGCUGUGAUUAACCAGCUUGAAGCAUGUGUAACUCAGUUAUCUGUCAAACAAGCAGCCCAGUUCAUCAUAGAACUGCCUUCCAAGGACCUGAUCUUGGCUGCAGCUGGUGAAUCUGCAAAUCAUCUUUCACAGUCAAAUUUAUGCAACUGCUAUCUGGAGUACACCGUGAAGGUCUUGCAAGUUACUGAACCCUUGGAAGAUAGAAUGGAGCAGGCUUUGUUCAGCCCACCUCUAUCUAAGCAGCGAGUAGAAUUUGCACUGGGGCACAUUAAUGAGUCUCGUGCCACUACGUUGGUUGAUUUUGGCUGUGGAUCUGGUAGCCUACUGGAGUUAUUAGUGGAGCGUACAACUACAUUAGAAAAGAUAGUUGGUGUGGAUCUUUCACGUAAGAGCCUCAUACGUGCUGCGAAGAUUUUACAUCAGAAAUUAAGCUCUAACUCCUUGAUGCAAACAAACAUCAGAUCUGUAGUGCUUUAUGAUGGAUCAAUUACAGAUUUUGAUGCACGCUUGUAUGGAUUUGACAUCGGAACUUGUUUAGAGGUGAUUGAGCAUAUGGAAGAGGAUCAAGCAUGCUUGUUUGGUGAUGUUGUCUUGAGUUUUUUCUGCCCCAGUGUACUCAUCGUCUCCACACCCAACUAUGAAUACAACCCCAUACUCCAAAGAUCCACUAUUCCCAACAAAGAAGAUGAUUCUGAAGAGAAAUCAGCACCUUGCAAGUUCCGCAAUCAUGAUCACAAGUUUGAGUGGACCCGAGAGCAGUUUAAUCACUGGGCCACUGACCUUGCAGCUAGGCACAAUUAUAUUGUUGAAUUCAGUGGUGUUGGUGGGUCAGGUGAUGUGGAACCAGGGUUUGCUUCCCAGAUUUCUGUCUUUAGAAGGAAUUCAUCGCGUGAAGCAGGGAAUUGCUGGAAAAUGGAGGAAUCAUCUCAGGCUUACCAGCUUAUAUGGGAGUGGACUAACAGUUCCAGAUCUGUUCUCUGAUAAUGUGACAGAUUUUUCCUACUGGUUUGACAUUAUAGAGACAUUAUACAUUUAGUUGGGCAGCACUGACUCGCUCGCUUCCAACUUUGGUCAUGAUAAUGUGGGGAAAUAAUAAGUUUUUUUUCUGUUCAGCUGCGACCUCACCAUUUACAAUAGCAUGUAGAUGGUGAAGCAGCAUCUUAUUUAUGGAAUAAAUAAGCCUCUUGCUGCAAUCAAACUGUCAGUUGGAUGUUUGAAAUUGUCUUAAAUUUAUUUAAUUGGGCAUUUUGGAGAC